CGCUGACCAUUAAUCCCCCUCUGAGCAAAAACUAGAUUGCAGGUUAAAAUGGGGAACUCUGAGAGUCAGUACACCCUUCAAGGAUCUAAAAAUCAUAGCAAUACUAUUACUGGUGCUAAGCAAAAGCCUUGCUCCCUGAAAAUACGCAGCAUUCAUGCAAAAGAUGAGAAGUCCUUGCAUGGGUGGGGUCACGGAAGCAGCGGAGCAGGUUAUAAGUCCAGGUCCCUGGCCCGAAGCUGCCUUUCUCACUUUAAGAGUAAUCAGCCUUAUGCAUCCAGAGUCAGUGGGCCCCCAUGCAAAGUCUCCAAAGGUGCUGCCUACUCCAAGCACAGGACACAUGCCCCAGGAAGUGAUUUCCAGGGCAACAGAGCUGCUUUCUCACCCGAGAAUGGCUUCCACCAUGUUGGCCAUGGGCCAGCAGAUAACCAUAUCACCUCGAGAGACUGCAAUGGACACCUUCUCAACUGUUAUGGGGGAAAUGAGAGUGUUGCCUCCACCCCACAAGGCGAAGACCGCAAGAGCCCUAGAGUGCUCAUCAAGACUCUGGGGAAGUUGGAUGGGUGUCUGCGGGUGGAGUUCCACAAUGGGGGCAGCCAUAGCAAUGUGCCUGCCGAGGACUGCAGCGGAUCAGUGCAGCUACUGAGGUACUCGCCUGCCUUAGAGCCGGAGACCUGCCCCGCACCGGAAGCCAGGAGGGACUCCAGUGCUGAUUCCCCGCCCAGCCCUCGCCCUUCGCCCACCAACUCGUGCCUGCGGUCCAGCGAAGGCAGUUCCCUGAGUUCCGAGUCAUCUUGGUACGACUCCCCGUGGGGCAAUGCUGGGGAGCUGAGCGAGGUGGAGACAUUCCUGGCCCCUAGCGUGCCUGACCCCAGCCUCCAUGCCACCUUCCCACCCUGUGACUCCAAAAAGCCUUUCAACCAAAGCUCUUCCCUCUCCUCUCUCCGGGAACUGUACCAAGAUGCCAGCCUGGGGAGCCUCUCCCCCUCAGGUAUCUGCCUUUCUGAUGAGUCCAUUGGCACGCACACCUGCCUGAGCAACCGCGUCUCCUUUGCCUCCGACACUGACGUACCCUCCAGAGUGGAGCCCAGGGACCUUGUCCAGUACAGCUCCUUCACCCUGCCCUGCCGGAAGUCCAAAGCCUUAACUGAGGAGACUGCAAAGAAGGACACCCUCAAAGCCAGAAUGCGACGUAUCAGUGACUGGACUGGCAGCCUCUCGAGGAAGAAAAGGAAACUCCAGGAGCCGAGGUCCAAGGAGGGCAGUGACUACUUUGACAGCCGCUCUGAUGGACUGAAUGCAGAUGUUCAGGUGCCCUCCCAGGCAUCUGUUUUAAUGUGGUCUGGGGGCUCGGCUCAGAUCUUGUCUCAGAGAAGUGAGUCUACUCACGCGAUUGGCAGUGAUCCCCUCCAACAGAACAUUUACGAGAAUUUCAUGAGAGAGUUGGAAAUGAGCAGGACCAACACUGAAAACAUAGAAACGUCUACAGAAACUGCUGAGUCCAGCAGCGAAUCACUCAGCUCCCUGGAGCAACUGGAUCUGCUCUUUGAGAAGGAACAGGGUGUGGUCCGGAAAGCUGGAUGGCUCUUCUUCAAACCUCUUGUCACUUUGCAGAAGGAAAGGAAGCUGGAGCUGGUGGCUCGGAGGAAGUGGAAACAGUACUGGGUAACACUUAAAGGAUGCACCCUGCUGUUUUAUGAGACCUAUGGGAAGAAUUCCAUGGAUCAGAGUAGUGCCCCUCGGUGUGCUCUGUUGGCAGAAGACAGCAUAGUGCAGUCUGUCCCAGAACAUCCCAAGAAGGAAAAUGUGUUCUGCCUCAGCAACUCCUUUGGAGAUGUGUACCUUUUCCAGGCCACAAGCCAGACAGAUCUAGAAAACUGGGUCACUGCCAUACAUUCUGCUUGUGCGUCCCUUUUUGCAAAGAAGCAUGGGAAAGAGGACACAGUGCGGCUGCUAAAGAAUCAGACCAAAAACCUGCUUCAGAAGAUAGAUAUGGACAGCAAGAUGAAGAAGAUGGCAGAAUUGCAGCUGUCCGUGGUGAGCGACCCAAAGAACAGGAAAGCCAUAGAGAACCAGAUCCAGCAAUGGGAGCAGAAUCUGGAGAAAUUUCACAUGGAUCUAUUCAAGAUGCGCUGUUAUCUGGCCAGCUUACAAGGUGGGGAGUUACCAAACCCCAAAAGUCUCCUUGCUGCUGCCAGCCGCCCUUCCAAGCUGGCCCUCGGCAGGUUGGGCAUCUUGUCUGUUUCUUCUUUCCAUGCUCUGGUGUGUUCUAGAGAUGACUCUGCUCUCCGGAAAAGAACACUCUCUUUGACGCAGCGAGGGAGAAACAAGAAGAGCAUAUUUUCUUCAUUAAAAGGACUGGACACAUUGGCAAGAAAAGGGAAGGAGAAAAGACCUUCUAUAACUCAGAUAUUUGAUUCGAGUGGCACCCAUGGAUUUCCUGGAACUCAGCUACCUCAAAGCUUCAAUAACUCCAGUGAGGUUGAUGAACUUGUGAAUAUAUAUGGUACAACAGUAGAUGGUGUUCCCCGAGACAACACGUGGGAAAACCAGACUUAUAUUCACUUUCGGGAUAAUAAAGGAGUUACUAUAAUGAUCAAGCCAGAACACAGAGUAGAAGAUAUUUUGAAUUUGGCAUGCAAGAUGAGACAGUUGGAACCCAGCCGUUAUGGCCUACAACUUAGAAAAUUAGUAGAUGACAACACUGAGUACUGUAUUCCUGCAGCAUAUGAAUACAUGCAAGAACAGGUUUAUGAUGAAAUAGAAGUCUUUCCACUAAGUAUUUAUGACGUGCAGCUCACAAAGACUGGGAGUGUGUCUGACUUUGGGUUUGCAGUUACAGCGCAGGUGGACGAGCAUCAGCAUAUUAGUCGGAUAUUUAUAAGUGAUGUUCUCCCGGACAGCUUGGCACAUGGGGAAGGGCUGAGAAAGGGCAAUGAAAUCAUGACCUUAAAUGGGGAAGCUGUGUCUGAUCUUGACCUUAAGCAGAUGGAGGCCCUGUUUUCUGAGAAGAGCGUUGGGCUCACUCUGAUUGCCCAGCCUCUGGACACAAAAGCAACCCUGUGUACUUCCUGGCCGGACAGUGAUCUGUUCUCCAGGGACCAGAGGAGCCAACUGCCCCCUCCUAACCAGUCCCAACUUCUGGAGGAAUUCCUGGAUAACUUUAAAAAGAAUACAGCAAAUGAUUUCAGCAAUGUCCCUGACAUCACAACUGGUCUGAAAAGGAGUCAGACUGUUGGCACUCUGGACCAGGUUUUCCACAGGGAGAAAAUGGAGCAGACAUUCAGGAGUGCUGAACAGAUCGCCACACUGUGUAGGAGUUUUAACGACACCCAGACAAACGGCAUGCAAGGACUGAAGGAGAAUCAGGAUCCACCUCUGAGGCCCCUGGCCCGCCACCUCUCUGAUGCAGACCGCCUCCGAAAAGUCAUCCAGGAGCUUGUGGACACAGAGAAGUCCUAUGUGAAGGAUCUGAGCUGCCUCUUUGAAUUAUACUUGAAACCACUUCAGAAUGAGACCUUUCUUACCCAAGAUGAGAUGGAGUCCCUUUUUGGAAGUUUGCCAGAGAUGCUUGAAUUUCAAAAGGUGUUUCUGGAGACUCUGGAGGAUGGGAUUUCAGCAUCAUCUGACUUUAACAUACUGGAAACCCCCUCGCAGUUUAGAAAAUUGCUGUUUUCCCUUGGAGGCUCUUUCCUUUAUUAUGCGGACCACUUUAAACUAUACAGUGGAUUCUGUGCUAAUCAUAUUAAAGUACAGAAGGUUCUAGAGCGAGCUAAAACUGAUAAAGCCUUCAAAGCUUUUCUGGAUGCCCGGAAUCCCACCAAGCAGCACUCCUCCACACUGGAGUCCUACCUCAUCAAGCCUGUCCAGAGAGUGCUCAAGUACCCUCUGCUGCUCAAGGAGCUCGUGUCAUUGACAGACCAUGACAGUGAGGAGCACUAUCACCUGACAGAAGCACUGAAGGCAAUGGAAAAAGUAGCAAGCCACAUCAAUGAGAUGCAGAAGAUCUAUGAGGAUUAUGGGACCGUGUUUGACCAGCUAGUAGCAGAGCAGAGUGGGACGGAGAAGGAGGUGACAGAGCUUUCGAUGGGGGAACUUCUGAUGCACUCUACCGUUUCCUGGUUGAAUCCAUUUCUCUCUCUAGGAAAAGUCAGAAAGGACCUUGAGCUCACAGUAUUUGUUUUUAAGAGAGCUGUCAUAUUGGUUUAUAAAGAAAACUGCAAACUGAAAAAGAAAUUGCCCUCAAAUUCCCGGCCUGCACACAGCUCUGCUGACUUGGACCCAUUUAAAUUCCGCUGGUUGAUCCCCAUAUCCGCACUUCAAGUCAGACUGGGGAACACAGCAGGGACAGAAAAUAAUUCCAUAUGGGAACUGAUCCAUACAAAGUCAGAAAUAGAAGGACGGCCAGAAACCAUCUUUCAGUUGUGUUGCAGUGACAGUGAAAGCAAAACCAACAUCGUUAAGGUGAUUCGUUCUAUUCUGAGGGAAAACUUCAGGCGUCACAUAAAGUGUGAAUUACCACUGGAAAAAACAUGUAAGGAUCGCCUGGUACCUCUUAAGAACCGAGUUCCUGUUUCAGCCAAAUUAGCUUCAUCCAGGUCUCUAAAGGUCCUCAAGAAUUCCUCCAGCAGCGAGUGGACCAGUGAGACUGGCAAGGGCCACUCGCUGGACUCAGACGAGUGCAGCCUGAGCAGCGGCACCCAGAGCAGCGGUGGCCACACGGCCGAGAGCAGGCCUGACUCUAAGGGCAUUUCACCUGGGAAGUGCCCACACUCAGGCCUGGCAGGAUUUUCAGACAGUCUCGUCAAAGAGAGUGAUAUUCUGAGUGAUGAAGAUGAUGACUACCACCAGACUCUGAACCAAGGCAGCCCUACCAAAGACAUUGAAAUUCAGUUCCAGAGACUGAGAAUUUCCGAGGACCCCGAUGCUCACCUGGCUGGCCAGCAGCCGGACACGGAGGUGGGCAAGGGCCAGAAAGGGGGAGAGCAGCCCAAACUGGUCCGGGGCCACUUCUGCCCCAUUAAACGAAAAGCAAACAGCACCAAGAGGGACAGAGGGACUUUGCUGAAGGCGCAGACUCGUCACCAGUCUCUUGACAGUCAAUCUGAAAAUGGCAACAUUGAUCUAAACUCUGUUCUAGGGCGAGAAUUCAGUGUCCAGAGUUUAACAUCAGUUGUCAAUGAGGAGUGUUUUUAUGAAACAGAGAGCCAUGGAAAAUCGUAGUACAGUUCAAUCCAGAUAUGGGUGAAAUUGCUCAUCUUCCUUUUAAACUGGUGGUAAAGUAGAAGUUGCAGAAAAACUAUCCAUUAUUGGGUUUUGUGCAGUACACAUUUUCCUACAAAAUAGUUGUAAAGAUUUAAGUUAUUUUAAUUUAUUGUGGAUCAGAAAACUAGAUUAAACUGGUCGGAAUCUGUAAAUUACUUAGUUUAUAUCCCUUUUGAGCAGGUAUCAAAAUGAUUUAGAAUCCUUAAAAUAAAGUUGCAUUCUAAUAAUUUUAAGUUAUGUGGAAAAAGAUUGGGGAAGUUGUGAUUAAUUGCUUUUAAAAGGGUCUUUUUAAAAAAAAAUCCUCUGGGCAUUUUCUUUGAGCUGUUAGUUUUUGCUUUAUUCAAAGCAUAUUUAUUUUAAUGUGGUUUAGGGGCAUAAUGUGUAGAUAUUUCAUUUUUGUAAGAUUGUAAUAGAUGCUGUUUAUACUAAACAUGUCAUAUCUAUGCAGUAUAUAUAUUAAAAGAAAGCUUGUACUGUA